GCCGGGUGCUCUCCAUCCAGAGCCACGUCGUCCGCGGCUACGUGGGCAACCGAGCGGCAACGUUCCCGCUGCAGGUUCUGGGGUUCGAGGUCGAUGCAGUGAAUUCUGUCCAGUUUUCAAACCACACAGGCUACGCGCACUGGAAGGGCCAGGUGCUGAACUCGGACGAGCUGCACGCGCUGUACGAGGGGCUGAAGCUGAACAACGUGAACAAGUAUGACUACGUGCUCACGGGUUACACGAGAGACAAGUCCUUCCUGGCCAUGGUGGUGGACAUCGUGCGGGAGCUGAAGCAGCAGAACCCGAGGCUGGUGUACGUGUGCGACCCGGUGAUGGGAGACAAGUGGGAUGGAGAAGGCUCCAUGUACGUCCCCGAGGACCUCCUUCCAGUUUACAGAGAGAAGGUCGUGCCCGUGGCAGACAUCAUAACCCCCAACCAGUUUGAGGCGGAGUUGCUGACCGGCAGGAGGAUCCACAGUGAGGAAGAAGCCUUGGCGGUGAUGGACAUGCUGCACGCAAUGGGCCCGGACACGGUGGUCAUCACGAGCUCGGACCUCCCGUCCCCGAGGGGCAAAGACUACCUGAUCGCGCUGGGGAGCCAGAGGACGCGAUCCCCCGACGGCUCCGUGGCGACGCAGCGUAUCCGCAUGGAGAUAUGCAAGGUGGACGCGGUCUUCGUGGGCACUGGGGACCUCUUUGCCGCCAUGCUGCUGGCGUGGACACACAAGCACCCCAACAACCUCAAGGUGGCCUGUGAGAAGACGGUGUCGGCCAUGCACCACGUCCUGCGGCGGACCAUCCAGUGCGCCAAAGCCAAGGCUGGAGAAGGCCUGAAGCCCAGCCCGGCCCAGCUGGAGCUGAGAAUGGUCCAGAGCAAGAGGGACAUUGAGGACCCGGAGGUGGUCGUCCAGGCCACGGUGCUGUGAGGGCCGCCGAGCCCGCCUCCCAACGCCCAGUGCCCGCUGUCUGUUUCCGUCCUUGUGAAAAAUGUAACAUCUGCCUUAGAGCUGUGACCGAAACUUGAUAUUUUUUUCUUUUCCGAGUGUCCAGCCUCAAUGGGUCUUCAUUGUCAAAAUGUGCCAGUUGUGCUUUUUCACACGAACGACGUGACUGCAGGCCCGGCUCCCC